AUGUCACCGCGGUCCCCAGCACCGCUGCCAACAGAGCAUGUGGACGUGGAGGAGGUGGAGGUGGCUUCAAAGCAGGAGCUGAUCGCCCUGCUGAAGCAGCACGAGGCGGCGCGCACGCGCGUGUUCCUGCUCUUCCUGGCAGACCAUGUGCCCUCUACUAACCAGUCCUGGUGCCCUGACUGUCGCAAGUCAGAGCCAGUGGUAGCCACAGCAGUCAGCAACCUCCGCAGCAACCCCAUCACAGCACCCGGCCCCACCCCCUCAGCGCUGCUGCUAGGGGAGUAUGAGACGCGCAAGGUGCGGCUGGUGAUGGAGCUCAUGGUGCACGCAGGGCUGUGA